CUCUAUAUAUAUGCACACACACGUUCAAAUCAUUAGUCACCUGCUUAGAUAAAAAUCAUAGAGAGAUAAAUAGUAACCCAACAGAAAAAAUGAGAAGAGGUAGAAGAAGCUCAUCGUCUUCAUCGAUAGAAAGUAGCUGCAAAAGCAACCCAUUUGGUGGCUCUUCGAGUAAUAAUACUCGGAACCUAAGCACUGACCUGAGGCUCGGACUCAGCUUCGGCUCAUCGUCCGGUCAAUAUUACAACGGCGGAGAAAAUCAUGAAUAUGAAGUCGUUGCGGCUGCUGAUCAUGAAAUGAUCAUGGAAGAAGAGCAAGAAGAAGAUCAAAAUGAGUGUAAUAGUCUUGGAAGCUUCUACGUGAAGGUUAACAUGGAAGGAGUUCCAAUUGGAAGAAAGAUCGAUCUAUAUUCCCUUAGUGGGUAUCAUGAUCUGAUUACAACGCUUGAUUACAUGUUCAACGCCUCAAUCCUAUGGGCUGAGGAAGAAGAGAUGUGUAGUGAGAAAAGUCAUGUGCUAACAUACGCAGACAAGGAAGAUGACUGGAUGAUGGUUGGAGAUGUUCCUUGGGAGAUGUUCUUGUCUAGCGUGAGAAGACUGAAGAUCUCAAGAGCUUAUCACUACUGAUUUGACCAAUACAGUGUGGCAAGUAGUUAGUUUUGUCAUGAUGUAAAUCACUUUGUCGGAGAUUUUAUUCAAAAUUUUUGUUUCUAGUUUUAUUACGUAAUGUUUUUAUUCGGUUAUAACUUGCAAGGAUGAAUUUUUCUUUCAGAUCCUUCGUUAGAAGGUUCAUGUUUUGUUGUUUAUUAGAUUUUUUUCUUAUU